AGGGAAAAAAACCCUCAAACCCCAGUAUUUCAAUGAUGUCAACAGAAUAUGUUCAGCCACUUGAUAUCCCCGAAGACAGACUGGACAAGCGAGAUUCACACUGUAACCAUUUAGAAGAUCUUUCAGAGCAGCUGAUAAAGAGCUGUGACCUCAAAAAGAAACCAAGAAAAGUCAAAACUAUCCAGGCCUCCCAGAACACGGAACAGGACCAAAAAAAGCCAAGGAGAAAAGAUACACCAGCAAUACACACCCCACCACCCCUAUCAGGCAUACUUUCAGACUUCUCUGAUAACCUGCUGAAACGGUAUGGUAUCACCGAGAAACCACAGAGGGAGCGAGUGAGUCCAGGCUCUCAGAUCACUGAACUGGAACAGAAGAAGCCCAGGAGAAAAGAUACACCUGCAAUACACAUCCCACCCAUUUUAACAGGCACUAGGCUACUUACAGAAGAAAAGCAAACGGUGAUUAUGGAAGAUGAAGAAAAGGAAGGAGACACAACACCCAGUUAAGAUUAUAGUGAUAUCUCCAAUAAUGUAAUGUAAAUAAUAAUUCUGGGUCAUUCGAAGUGGCAGCGCAUAGAGAAAAAAAAAGCCCAUUCAUUUUUAUAAAUAAUAAUUCUCUUAAAUAUGCACUUGAAUUUAAUUUAUCUUCAAGUGCUUAUCUGCAUCUCAUGAAAUCCCAGGAAGCAGCACAGGAGGCGACAGAAAAUUCAUUUACACCUGGAGCUGGAAGAAUUCCCUUGGCUGAUUCAGAAUCGUUUUCCAGUACUUUUGUCUACAGGGAUUCCAUCUCAGAUCAAAUCUGGU